AUGUGGGCGCUGGCUCUGGGCUCCGCCGCCGCGGGGGUCCUGCCCGUGGGUCUCGCGGCGAGGCUGCGGCGCGGAGAGCCCUGGGAGCCGUGCGCCACGGAGGGCCUGCAGAUCUCGGCCCCGCGCGCCGGCAGGGUCCCCGUCAGGUUCGGCUGGGGCGACAGCUGGGUCGAAGGCGAGCUGCAGGGGGGGUCGCCGUGCAGCGCGGUGGCGUUCGACUUCGACCCGGCCCCUGGAGUGCGCAAGGUCUGCCUGUGCCAGGCCGCCAGCGCGCCAGCGGGGCGCGCGGGGCGGGAGCUCCGGGAGGAGCUCGGGGCGCCGUGGUCGCGCUGCGCGGCCGAGGGGGCCUCGUGCGCGUGCCCCUCGGGCCGCGUGCGCUUCGGCACCGAGGGGCGCUGGGCGUUGCAGCGCCGCGCGGGGGCCGCUGCGCCCGUCCAGUGCGACGCGGAGUCGUUCGGCACCGACCCCGCGUUCCAGAGGCAGAAGGAGUGCUGGUGCAGCGAGGGCCAGCCGAAGGCCCAGCAGGUGCGCGCGGCGAUCGUGAUGCUCAGCCGCCAUCCUCCGGAGUUUGCAACAUGGCUCAGGUACCAUCUAGACUACAUGGGGGUCGAGCGCGUCUUCGUGGAGGUGGAGGACACCCCCAGAUUCAACGCAACCUGGACCGCCCUCCCGGCAGUGCAUCGGCAGCGCGUGACCGUUUGGCAUCCCAACCCGUACGAGAAGCUUGCGCACGAUGCCCAGCAGAGACCGGUCAACGACUACGAGACCCUUCAGUCGAGGCAGUUGGGCGCCAUGGACCGCGCCAAGACCGAGGCGGCUUCGGCAGGCAUCAACUGGCUGAUCCAUAUCGACGACGACGAGUUGCUCUACUCGCCGAUGCGGCGGCCGCUGGCAGAAGUUCUGGGUGCCAUGCCCAGCGACGUUGAGCAGGCCUACAUACCCAACGUAGAGGCCGUGUACCCCUCGGCGGAGGUCAGGAACUGCUUCGUGGACACCGCGGAGGUGAACAUGAACCGCUACACGUUUGCCUCCUACGCGAACGGGAAGUCUGCGGUUCGCCUGGAUGGCCCCGACGCCGAGUAUAUGGAGCCUGCAGGCCCUCACCUGUGGAGGCAAGCUGGCGGCUACGAACUCCCGUCGCUGCAUCUGGACGAGGAGCCGUUCGGUUCGCCUCUCUACGUCGUGCAUUUCGAGUCGUGCCCAUUCUCGCGCUGGGAGGACAAGUUCGAGGAGCUCGGCAACACAAACUCCGAACACAUAGGCAAGAUUCCGUUCCAGUUCUACCGCGAGUCCAUCGAAAGGAUGCAGCACUGCUCGGCGACGCGCUCGAACACCCACCUACCUCGCAGCCCUGCCGGGAGCCCACUCUCGGCUAAUGUCAUUGCAUCGGGCGAGUGCUCUGAAUUGGAGCUCAAGAAGCUCUGGUCCCAUUGGAAGACGGAGGCGAACCCCAAGCUCACACGGAGAGAUUUGAUGGCCCUUCGCAUUCCUUGGCAGCAGAUUAUGACGGGAGGUCCAGCGUAG